AAUUGCAGUUAAUAGGAACCUUAUUGGAACUGGUUACAUGACUGCCGAUCAGAAGAAGAAGCUGUUGUGGGGAAGUAAAAAGAACACUACCAAUUCUGAAGAGUCUGCACACUGCUGGGAUACUUCAACUUUUGGUGAUUGUGAAAGACAAGAAAAGUUCAACAAACUCAUGAGUCUGAGGUUGCAUUGGUACCUAUGGCAAAUUGUAGGGUGUGAAGGGCAAUAUGAAGAUGGAGAACAAACCUGGAACCCAAGAUGCAGAGAAGCAGAAGGAGCUGCAGAUGGACUUGGAGAAGCAGUACACUGCUGGACUUCGUCGAAGAGAUGGUCGUACUGUUGGAUUAGGCCUCUAAGAAUUUGUUUUGACCAUCUUAGUAUUCAUAUUACUGUAAUGAACACAUUGUGUACUAUUUUGACAAGUAUGAUGUUUCAUGCAGUGCUGGAUAGAGGGAUGUCUGAUAUAUUAAGAUUUCAGUGUCAAAUUGAUGGCACGACGGUAGGCUAUGUUUCUUUCCCAUUUGUUAUUUGUGGGCUCAUUUCAUCUACCGCUAUGGGCUCGGUUUGCAUGGUUUUGUGCAGACAUGAAUCGAGUACACACUAUUCGCAGUUGCCAUCUUCCUUCUAAUGCUCCCAAGAGAAUGGGGAAUAUUGGUAAAAAUAAAGGGUAAUUUCAACCAA